GUUAUACAAAAGGCAAAUGAAAGGCAGAUUGAAAGGUUGAGAAUUCAACAAUUUUAUAGUUCUUACUUUGUUCAAACCGAUUGAUAUUUUUAAGUAUUAAUUUUUUAAACUCGUUGAGAGUAUACUAUGGAUUUAUAGACGGAAUUGGAAUUUCAUUUGACAUGCAGCUAGAAUUGUUGUUGUUGACAUAAUUUUGAAACAUGCCGUCCUCCUCGGGUAGAUCAAGUCGCUACCAACGUGUAAGCUACCGUGAAUAUAACGAUGAUGGUCCUAGUACAUCACAGUUCUCAGUAAAUGCAGAUCUGAACGAUUUCUCGGAUUAUAAUUAUGAUGAUCAUGAGAUUGAAUUCGAACAUAUCAACCCCGACGAAGCUGAUGAUGACCUCUUCACAGACGUAAAUAUAACAUAUGAUGACUUUGAUACAAUUGACUGGACAAGGGAUAGGCAGCAAGAUCGCGUUCGAAUUCGCAAAAUGAAAAAAUUGAAAAAGGGGACAUUUUUGGAACGGAUAUUGGAGGCUCACGACGCUUGGUCAGGGUGGUUGGUUGUGUUAUUGGUUGGCCUCAGUUGUGGAUUGUUUGCAGGAAUUAUUGAUAUAGGAGCGGACUGGAUGUUCGACUUAAAGGAGGGAGUGUGUGUAAGUCAGGUAUUGCUUAAUAAAGAGUCAUGUUGCUGGGCUGAUAAUUCAUCAUUUACAACUCAUGAUGGUUGUUCGCAGUGGAAAACAUGGUCGGAAGUGUUUGAGGCGAGCAGUAGCUCGGCUUCUUAUGCAUCCAAUUACUUUAUGUUCACUUUGUCUGGGUUACUUUUUGCAUUACUUUGUGUUACUCUGGUUCACACAUUUGCACCGUAUGCCUGUGGCAGUGGAAUUCCUGAGGUAUGUCAUUUUACUGUAAGAUCAAUAAGAUAAGCCAGAUUUAAAUUAUA